AUGGCGGGGGCGGAGGUGGAGACUUGCCCUCCCCGGGAGUUGCCUAACGCCGCGGCCAGUGCGUCGUGGGUGGAGGGCGGUUUGGGGGCGGUGGGUGCAGACGCGGGGGAGGCGGAAGAUGGCGACGACGUCGCUGCGCUCUUGGGGCGUGCGCGGUCGUGUCUGGAGGAGGCGCGUCGAGCGGGACCGGCGACGGCGGCUGCGGUUUCCCGCGCGGGAGGCCGUGGCGCGCGGGGGAGGCCGCGGCAAGCCGGCGAGGAGCGGUGGCGGCGGCUGCGCUACCUUGAGUGGCUGACGCGCUUCGUCUUGCGGCAGCAGCGCGUAAGCGAUGCGUUGCGGCAGCGUGCGUCGGAGGCGUGGCAGCUGGCGCCUGCCCCAGCGGCGGCAGACGGAGAGACCUUCAACGGUGCUUCGGGCUCCGCGGGAAGCGACGUCGGCGCAAGAGAGGCCGCAGGGUCCGACAACAGCCGUUUCGCCCCGGUGACGCCCGCUUCUCCAGCGGCGAAUGGGGAUGAGGGUCGCCGCGAUGAGGCGGCGCUGCACGUUGGCGGUCCGCAAACGCGCAUGCCUAGCAGCGGUGUGCGGGCUUUUGAGGAGCACGCUCACCACGCGGAAGAGAACACGGUGGUGGCGGUUGCCUCUGCGUGCGACGAUGUGCGGGUUGUCGUCCGGGCAGCAUCCGACAGGUUAGAGUCUGCUCAAGAGCCCGAUUCACGAGAAGAGCAGUCGGAGUGGCGUCGUUUUCGCACCUGGUUCCCGUCGGAACUUUCUUGCUUAGCCAAUGUGCCUCAGCCACACGGCACUGAGGCCUCUCCUGUGCCGCACAUUUUGUGUCUCUCGACGAUCGUGCACGAGAAACCACGAGGAAUGAGCGCAAAGAAUGAGGCGCUUUUGGCGCAAGGCCGUUACUGUAAGAGUUGUCUUUGCCCGCUAAAGAAAUCGUACUUUCCUGUUCCCUCAUGGAAAGCAGCGAAUUUCUGCUACUACACGGGCAUGUAUUACUGCAAGAAGUGCCACUCCGGGCGCAAAAGUGUUAUACCGGCACGUGUUCUGCACUUCUGGGACGUUAAAUGCUUUCCUGUGUGUAACGAUGCCAUUGGUUUCCUGGAGCUUCAGCUGAAGCGACCCUUGUACUGUGUGUCGGCGGUGAACCCGAGGUUGUACGACCGUGUUGCCUUGCUAGAAGAGUUGCGGUGCAUACGGAUGCAGCUCGUGGCACUGCGUGAGGUGGGUGUGCAAUGUUCCGUCUUUCGCAGGCUGUUCUACCUCAAGGAUGGAACGAACAGGCCCACGACGGGCAGCUGCUCAUGGACUUCUUUCUCAUUGGUGUCAGACUAUAUGGAGGAUGAAUUCGAGGUGGAGUGUUUUGUCCCGCGAGAGAAGCGCUACCUGAUGGAGGACAGUGAGGUUUGGUCCUUGGACGACCUCUUGGAGGUGCAUCGCUGUUGCCCGGGUGGCGCUAACUGCGAUGUCGCGUCGUGCGACGUCCCGCCGCAGCUGAGAGCGUGCGGUCAUGCCCGUCCCGAGACGGGUUGCAGGCUUUUUAUGUAUCUUCGGCGGCUGCGGCUGCAGAUGACGAACCAUAUCUUUCAGCGGCGCUGUGACACAUGCCUGCGCAAUAGCCUUGACAUUUGCCGCUGGUGUUGCCCUUCCGGGGCGCUGGAAGCGUUUGGGCGGUAUCGAAAGCAGGGUGUAGUGCUUCCCCAGCGAGGCGUUGAAGGCUCUCCUACAUUCUUCGCUGCAACUUCCCCACCCCCGCUGGGCCAAGCUUCAUGUGCGGGUGCGCAUGCCGAGCCGUGCCUAUAUAUGGUGCACUCGUUUGACUUGCUUCACGUGCGCAGCUGUCCCCAGUGCGGGGCCUGCUACCACAGGCGAUGCUUUGAGCAGAUGCAGUGCGAACUGGCAGGUGGCAUGGGGUGUCUUUGCUGCCGAGAAAGUAGUGACCUCGUUGCGGCUGCGAAUGCUUCUCAACAUCUUCUGCCUGCCCAAAAAAAGCAGCCGCAACCCGAAUGA